CAGAAAAAUGAAAAGCCAAAGUUUCUUUAACAGCAGAAAGCAAAAGAUGUGGUCUGGCAUUAGAUUCUUGACAGAUCUAUAUACAAAGAUGAUAUUCACUCUCAUUCCAACCAAAUCAAGUCUGAAUCUUACCCAAAUCCCACAAUCUGCAGCCGUAUUGUUGCAUGAUCCGGGGGAUUAUGGCCAGUUCCAGCGGCACGUCCCGCUCGUUGUUGCAGCGGAAGAUGUCGAGGGCGCAGGCCAUUAUGCUCGACCUUCCAAACAACGGCAAGGCCACCGUCGAUACUGAGAUCGUGCCUUCAUCCUUGGCGCCUAUUGCUCCUAUUCUUCGAGUUGCCAAUGAGAUCGAAAAGGAUAAUCCCAGGGUUGCUCAUCUCUGCCAUGUUUAUGCCUUCAAGAAGGCCAAAGAGAUGGAUCCAACAUCAAGUGGGCGUGGUGUUCGCCAACUCAAGACAUAUCUAGCAAAUAAAAUAGAAGAUGAAAAGGAUGAACUGCAACUUCAAAGAACAGAUCAAAUUGAAAUCCAGUCAUUUUACCAGGAAUUCUAUGAGAAAUAUAUCAGAAGAAGCCAAGAUACUAAAAAACCGGAGGAGAUGGCAAAGUUCUAUCAAAUUGCCAUGGUUUUGUAUGAUGUAUUGAAGAAUGUGGUACCUAGUCCAGCAGUGGAUUAUAAGACCAACAGAUAUGCAGAAGAGCUUAAAAGCAAAAAGGAACAGUAUGAACACUAUAAUGUUCUUCCUCUAUAUUCUGUUGGAAUUAAACCAGCAAUUAUGAAACUUCCUGAGAUCAAUGCUGCAUUUCAAACCAUACGCAAUGUGCAGAAUCUCCCAAUGCCAAGAGCUUAUGUAACCUUCAUCAAUGACAUAUUUGAUUGGCUUUCUUCUCUUUUUGGCUUUCAGAAAGGGAAUGUUGCAAAUCAGAGGGAGCACUUAAUAUUGCUACUUACCAACCUUGAUAUGAGGGCCAAGGAUCAUCAAUCAUACUAUGAGCUGGAUGGUAUCACUGUAAAACAGUUGAUGGAUGAAAUAUUUGAGAAUUAUAUAUCAUGGUGCAACUAUUUGCAUAAAAAACCACAUAUUAGGUUUGACCAAGAUUAUGCAGAACAGCAGAUACAGCUAGUAUAUAUUGCACUUUAUCUUCUUAUAUGGGGUGAAGCUUCUAAUAUUCGCUUCAUGCCUGAAUGCAUAUGCUAUAUCUUUCACAAUAUGGCAAAAGAUGUUUAUGAAACUUUAUCUAGAAAGGAGCAUCCAGUCAACAGUCCAAACCAAACAGUAGCACCUAAUGAAGAAUAUUUUUUGAGGACCAUUAUCACACCUUUAUAUCAGGUCCUGUUUCAGGAAGCUAGCAAAAAUAAAGAAGGCAGGGCAAGCCAUUCUGUUUGGAGCAACUAUGAUGACAUAAACGAGUUCUUUUGGACUGAAAAGUGCUUUAGGAUACAUUGGCAUAGUGUCUUUGAAGGAUAUCUUUCAGUGGAUCUAGCUGAGGGACAACUUAGAAAAGAGAUUCUUGACCAGAUCAGUUCUGGAAAAUUUCAUCAGAAGAUAAAUUUUGUUGAAGUUCGCACAUUUUGGCAGCUCUUUAGAAGUUUUCACCGGAUGUGGAUAUUCUUCAUAAUGGCUUUUCAGGCUAUGCUAAUUGUAGCAUGGACACCUGCUAUUUUUGACAAGGAUGUCUUAAGGAGAGUAUUGAGCAUUUUCAUCACUUCUGCUAUUCUUAAUUUUCUACAAGUUACUGUGGAUACAGUUCUUAGUUUCAAAGCUUGGAGGAGCUUUGAACUUUCUCAAACAGUACGGUACCUUCUGAAAUUGGUCAUUGCAGCUUUAUGGGCAGUGGUUUUGCCAGUGGGUUAUUCAAGUUCUAUGCAGUACACAGCUGGAUUCAUGGAGUCCUUUAAUCGCUGGAUUGGGCAUUUUCAAAACCCGUCUUUAUAUAAUAUACUUGUCUUGCUAUAUUUGGUUCCUGAUGCAUUAGCUGCGGCAUUGUUUUUCUUCCCAUCCUUAUGGGACAAAAUGGAGCUCUUAAAUUGGCAUAUAGUUAAUCUUGUUAUGUGGUGGGCUCAGCCAAAAGUGUAUGUAGGGAGAGGCAUGCAUGGGGACAUCUUUUCACUCCUAAAGUACACAAUGUUUUGGAUAAUUCUUCUAAUUGUCAAGCUAGCAUUCAGCUACUAUGUUGAGAUAUUGCCACUAGUUGAACCAACAAAAGUAAUCAUGGGGAUUCAUAUAGAAAACUAUCUGUUGCCUGAGCUUGUCCCUGGUGCGACUCACAAAAUUGGAGUUAUUGUUGCAAUAUGGGGUCCAACAGUCCUAGUUUAUUUCAUGGAUGCUCAAAUAUGGUAUGCCAUAUUUUCUGCUCUUUUAGGGGGUAUUCUUGGAGUGUUCAGACAUUUGGGUGAGAUAAGGACACUUAGUAUGUUGCGGAUCAGAUUCCAAUCCAUGCCUUCAGCUUUUAGCUACCGUUUCGUGCCAUCAUCAAGUCAGGAUACAAAAUUGAAGCACAUGCAGGAUAGAUCAAGUAAACCCAAGAACAAUCCCAAUUUUUCUCAGAUGUGGAAUGAGUUCAUACAUUCCAUGCGAAUGGAGGAUCUAAUCAGCAAUAGGGAAAAAGAUUUCCUACUGUUGCCACACUUUUCAGGUGAUGAUUCUGCUGCUCAGUGGCCACUCUUCUUGCUAGCUAGUAAGAUUCCUGCGGCAUUAAACAUGGCAAAAGAUUUUAAGGGGAAGCAUUCUGAAUUAGUUAAGAUGAUUAAGAGCGAUGACUAUAUGCAUUCUGCAAUAACUGAAUGUUAUGAGACCCUCAAUCAUCUUAUAGAUGGCCUUUUGGAAGAUGAAGCUGAUAAGAAGACUAUAAAGAAGAUCAAUGACCAUAUAGAAAUGAGUAUUCGAGAGAAGAAGUUUCCUGAAAAAUUCAAGAUGAGUGGGUUGCCUUUGCUUGGUGUUAAAUUGGAUAAGUUUCUAUACAUCUUGAUGACUGAUUGUGAGGAUGAUGGAGUAUGCAAGGCCCAGAUAACCAAAGCUCUCCAAAGUAUCAUGGAUACCAUUCAACAUGAUGUUAUGGUUGAUAGCCAGAGGGUCCUUGAAGGAGUUCAGGAACCUGGUCACAGUGCUCAGCAUCAGAAGGAAAAGCAGAGUUUUGAAAAGAUAAAUUUUCAUAAUACAGAGGUCAAAUUUGGGAGGGAGAAGGUCAAAAGGCUUCAUUUGCUUUUGACUGUGAAAGAAUCUGCCGAAAAUGUGCCUCAGAAUUUAGAGGCUCGCCGCCGCAUCACUUUCUUUGCCAACUCCAUAUUUAUGUCUAUGCCAAGGGCUCCAAAAGUUAGUGACAUGCACUCCUUCAGUGUUUUGAUACCAUAUUACAAAGAAGAAGUCAUUUUCUCUGAUGAGGAACUUAAUAAAGAAACUGAGGAUGGGAUCUCAAUUUUGUUCUACUUGCGGAAGAUAUACCCAGAUGAAUGGACCAAUUUCCAGGAACGCCUGAAUAAAAAUGACAAAGAGGAAAUUUGUAAGUGGGCAUCUUACAGGGGACAGACACUAGCCAGAUCAGUGCGAGGGAUGAUGUACUAUAGGAAUGCUCUAGAGCUUCAAUGCUCUGUUGAAUUCAACGAUAAUGCUGUAUUUAAUGAGGAUUAUACUCGAAUGCAAGCUUUGCCUGAUUUGAAAUUCUCCUUUGUUGUUUCCUGUCAAAUCUAUGGUGCUUUAAAAAGUUCUGAUGAUCCUAGAGAUCAGAGUCGUCAAAAGGAUAUCCAAAAACUCAUGUUGAUGUAUCCAUCUUUACGUGUAGCUUACAUUGAUGAAAGAGAGGAGACUGUGAAUGGAAAACCUAGAAAGGUUUAUUACUCUGUUCUUAUCAAAGGAGGUGAAAAGUUUGAUGACUAUGAGAGAGAAAUAUAUCGCAUCAAACUUCCAGGUCCAAUAAAGAUUGGUGAAGGGAAACCUGAAAAUCAAAAUCAUGCUAUUAUUUUCACUCGUGGAGAAGCAUUACAGACUAUAGACAUGAAUCAGGAUAAUUACUUUGAAGAGGCAUUCAAAAUGAGAAAUAUUUUGGAAGAAUUUAAACACUCAUAUCAUGGGCAUCAAAAACCUACAAUAUUGGGUUUAAGGGAGCAUAUAUUUACUGGAAGUGUUUCAUCACUUGCUUGGUUUAUGUCUAAUCAAGAGAACAGCUUUGUCACUAUUGGCCAACGCUGUUUAGCAAGUCCUCUAAGGGUGCGGUUCCAUUAUGGUCAUCCUGACAUAUUUGACAGAAUCUUCCACAUAACAAGGGGUGGCAUCAGUAAAGCUUCAAAAACUAUUAACUUAAGUGAGGACAUAUUUGCAGGGUUCAACUCAACUCUUCGCGGGGGAUAUGUAACACACCAUGAUUAUAUCCAAGUUGGAAAGGGGCGUGAUGUGGGGAUGAAUCAAAUAUCUUUUUUUGAGGCAAAAGUUGCAAAUGGAAAUGGAGAGCAAACACUUAGUCGUGAUGUAUAUCGUCUUGGACAUUGGUUUGACUUCUACAGAAUGCUGUCAUUCUACUUUACAACAGUUGGUUUCUAUUUUAAUAGCAUGGUUACUGUGCUUACUGUGUAUGUAUUCUUAUAUGGACGUUUUUACAUGGUUAUGAGUGGACUGGAAAGAGAUAUCUUAAACAGUCCAAGCAUACAUCAGAGCAAGGCUCUUGAGACAGCUUUGGUUUCUCAAUCUGUCUUCCAGAUGGGCAUGUUGCUGAUGCUGCCCAUGGUUAUGGAAACUUGCCUGGAGAAAGGAUUCCGCAAGGCUCUGGGUGAUUUUAUCAUCAUGCAGCUGCAGCUAGCCCCUGUUUUCUUUACAUUCCAGCUUGGAACAAAAGCACAUUAUUUCGGCAGAACAAUCUUGCAUGGUGGCUCUAAAUAUCGUGCUACUGGGCGUGGAUUUGUGGUUUUUCAUGCAAAGUUUUCUGAGAACUAUAGACAAUACUCGCGAAGUCACUUUGUGAAAGGAUUGGAGCUGGGAAUAUUGUUGGUCCUGUAUGAAGUUUAUGGGGGAUCAUACCACAGUUCAAAUCUUUAUUUGUUUAUCACAUUCUCUAUGUGGUUCCUGGUCGUAUCCUGGUUGUUUGCUCCAUUUAUCUUCAAUCCAUCUGGUUUUGAUUGGCAAAAAACAGUUGAUGAUUGGACAGAUUGGAAGCGGUGGAUGGGAAUUCAUGGUGGUAUCGGGAUCCAGCCUGAUAAAAGUUGGGAAUCAUGGUGGGAGGAAGAACAAGAUCACCUCAAAUAUACAACUACAUUGGGUAUGGUGCUUGAGGUUGUCCUUGCACUUCGCUUUUUUGUCUACCAGUAUGGAAUUGUUUACCACCUUGAUAUAGCCCAUCAUAGCAAGAGCUUCCUGGUUUAUGGAUUCUCCUGGGCCAUUAUUGUAGUAGCAGUUGUAGUCUUGAAGAUGGUAUCGGUGGGUAGGCAAUUCUUUGUUGGAGACCUUCAUCUACUGUUCAGGAUGCUCAAGGCUUUUCUUUCAAUUGCCCUAUUAGCAAUCCCAAUUGUUUUAUUCAAAGUAUAUGGCCUCAAUGUUUCAGAUUUAUUUGCUGCAAUCCUUGCCUUGACACCCACUGGAUGGGGCCUCCUCCUUAUUGGACAAGCGUUCAGACCAUUUUUGGAAAAGCUAUGUUGGGAUUCAAUAAAGGAGGUUGCCAGAGCAUACGAUUACAUGAUGGGUCUGCUGCUCUUCACGCCCAUCGCCAUUUUGUCAUGGUUCCCAUUCGUAUCAGAACUCCAAACACGUCUGCUGUUCAAUCAAGCGUUCAGUAGAGGUCUUCAAAUCUCUAUGAUUCUUUCUGGAAAGAAAGAUAAGUAAAGUCUCAUCUAAUUAGUAAUUAUUUCACCAGAAAUGAAAAUCUUGUUGGGGUUGUAGCAUCUCUGUGAUGGUUUCUGAUUGAUACUUUUCAAGGUUAGGAUUAUCAUCAGAUCAUUUGCUCCGAUUUUACAUUUUUUGAUUUUUUGAUGUUCAUUCAUCUUUUGCACUUCCUUUUUGGGUUAAGAUAGCACUUGUUUGAUUUAUUGAGUUUGAAUGGGGAGUUGAACCUACAAUAUCAGGAUCUGCUUCAGAAAUUGGAUUAAAGAUCCCAAUCAUCAAUGGCUUAAUGCCUGGAUUGAAAGGAGGAAAACCAAGUUGCUUGUUUAUUCUUAUAUCUAAUUUAAGUGAAGCAGAUAGUUAUUUUUUUAAUUACUGUUCAUACACACUGUUUACGCAUUAAUUACUGCUCACGUGUUACUGUCCAUGCAUUACUGUUCACGCACUAUACUUUAAUUUCUUUCGAUUGGGAGUUCUAUAGAAUAUGUAAACUGUGUAUGUGGAUAUUAGUAUGAACUUGAAUUGUCCACGCCACUGAUUAAUGAGAACAUUAAAUAGAAUAAUAUUCUAAUAUUAUUUUGGACAUGUUCUAAACUUGUUUGACAUGUGUAUGUGUUUGUGGUUAUGAAGUAAGUGGACCUAAGUUUAAAGCUUGGAGUAUUCAGUGAACCUUUCGGAAUAUUUAGUGGACCUUUGUGCAAUAGGGUUAGUAUUGUGAUGAGCUUUAAUACAAUGUUACUAGCACA